UAUUAUAUUAUACCAAGGACAAGGAUCCUCAGUUUAUGUGAAAGUAUGAAUAUUGUAGGCCUAUGUUAUUAAGACUUAAUAUAUCAUGUUAACACGUUUGAAUUAAUAAUUUAAUAAAGUGUCGAUUUGGAGGACAUUUACCCAUAAUGUUGCAAAGUUUUUUUUAUUAUUUAUUUUGGUAUUGAAAGGAUUAAAUGGCAGAUCAAGUGUUUUAAAUAUCUCAUUGCUUUAAUGUUCACUUAUUUGAGUUGAUUUUGCAGUAUUGUAUGUAUUUGCGCGCUUAAUUGAGUGAAAUUAGGCCGUAAGCCAUAUAGCUUCAUCUGCGCUUUCAUGUGCUUGUCUUCUAAUGCGCAGACAAAAUUUCAACAAACCACACAGAAUUUCUCACAUUUUCCCCUCAGCAAGAGGUCCAAAUAGAAGGUUAUUUCAGAGCCUUAAUAAGAAACCCCCCUGCUACUUAAGAGCACCCUAUUUAUUUUCAUUUUUUUCUCGGAGUGGCACCAUCAAACCCCAAGCAUUGUAAGUGACCCUUAGAUAUGGCUAGCCUAGCAGGUGGUAAGGUUUGCUGGCAGAGAGAAGACGGUGAUCUCUUACACACACUUUGGAGUGAGGGUGGUAUCGGAUGACGCCUUUCCUGUUUGAAAUACAAACAUUUAGGUGGUCGCAAAAUCAUUUUGGUGCCGAGCUUUAUAAUCUCGCAUCCAAAAAUGACUCUUGCAAAUGCUUAAACGGCCUCACGCUUACUGCGCGUGUCACAACUGUUGCUGACGGGAAUGUGAAGCUCUUCGUUGUUGGCAUUAUCAGUGGAUUUUGGAUAAAGUCAAGUGUGCCAAUUGAGCUAAACUUCUGAUAAAUGUAUAACAGAACAAACUACUCUAAUAGGAUAUAAAAAGGACAGUUUUAAAUAUCACACUUUUGUUGAACUGUUUCUCCGUUUUUCUUACAGAUUCAUUCUAUUUUCCACAAAAAACAAACUCUUAUCAGACUCGAUAAUGGAUGACAAUUGGUAUUUAUGAGGAUAUAGCUUGUCGAAAGGCGUGAAAAAGUGUUAACUUUUAUUUUUUUAUUUAGGUCACAGUAACAGUUGAGUUUUAUGAGUGUGACUGGUCAUCAUCACAAGCGCGCGCCGUCGUGAUAUUAUUCGUCUCUUGAUCGGAAGAUUCAGAUUGACAUUUCAUGAAUAACCAUUAGAAUAGAAAGUUAGGCUAUAAGAAGAAAAAUAAUAUUUAUAAAAUGCUGCAGCAAAUACCUGUUUGGUUCACUGAAACUUGUAUCUGUACCUUAAAAAUGUAAUAAAAAAAGACCGUACUUGCAAUUUUACUGGAUUGUAAAAACGUUUGAUAGAAGUAAAAAGUAAGAAGUACGUUAUAAUUUAAUCGAAAAUGUAUAUUAUAUUUAACAAGCCAAUAUACAUACUUUAUUUAAAAGUAUUGCUAAGAUUAUUUUUAGUAAGUAAAACGUAUAAAUCACCUUAUCAUUCAUAUAAUUAUAAUAUAAAGCAAAUAAGAUGUUUAAAUAAUUUAAUGACAUUUACAGAAGUGUAAAAUAAAUGUUUUUAUCAAGUGCCAUAUCGUAACGCCUCACUAUAUUUUUCUGGCAAUAGCCUAUAAGAAUAUUCGCUGGAACAUACGCUUACUGAAAUUAAUAUUAAGAAAAUUAAAUAUGCUUUAGUUACUUAUUUGCAGUAAUAAAAAUGAAAUACAGUUUUUCUACAAAAUUUACUUUAGUGUAGCCGAGCGUUUUGAUGUUUUCCUCGUGAUGUUAUUUAUGAAUAACUUUAUUAAUUUUAUUAAAUAACGUAAAAAAAAAAAAAAAAAAUCUAAAGCAUCUAUGCUUUAUAAAGACGACUAUACUUUAUACUGUUCUUUAAACAUUCACCAACUUUAAUAUGUUUAGGAUGAAAUGCUUAAUUGUUUACAAAUGGUUUAACACUUUAAAUAUCGCGCGAUAGGCUAUAUAGGCUACUCUUGUCGGAUUUAUCAGUUAAAUAAUCAUUAUGGAUAUCCAAACACACUGAAAGCGAAAGCAAGUGUAAUUGUUUCAUUUCGGGUCAUCACAGAGUUUCAUAAAUCUUAUUUAGUGCUUGUGCGCGUGGGUGGAGUUUCACCAUCUCCAUAUUCAGAAGUUGGGUGGUUUCUUGAAUCUCCCACUCUUUGCCGUAUAAAGAGAGGCCCUCGGUCUCUUUAAGACAAGACAAAUUAACGACUUGUACAAAUAAUUGGCUGCAUUGCUUCAUUUUUGACAUCACUAAAACAUUUAUGGUGUCCAUUGACGCGCUUCAUGCUUGAGACGAGGCCAGAGGACCAUGAUGGAGUACUUGAGCGACAAGUUCUCCUUGAAAAGUCAAGCGAUUAAAGGCAGCGAUUACUACAUGGACCAAGUCAUGGAGACUUUAGACAAUGUGCCGUACUACAACAAGACAUCACCUAAAUGCGUUCAAGCCUUCUCGAUGCAGAGCAAUGAUCAACACAGCACGAUGGACAGAUCGUCUCCGUGUGACAACCAAAACAGCGUGAAUUACUGCGCUCCAAAAACCGAGGACAGCAGCCUGCACGCGAUGGAGAACUGCUGCAGUAUCAGAGUCUCACCGGCUACAACCGGACCAGACAAAACAGAGCUGGACGACAUCGGCGAAAAAUGCGACAGCAACGUGUCGAGCAGCAAGAAGAGACGCCAUCGCACAACCUUCACGAGCGCUCAACUAGAGGAACUCGAGAAAGUCUUCCAGAAAACCCAUUACCCAGAUGUGUAUGUGAGAGAACAGCUGGCCAUGAGAACAGAGCUAACGGAGGCUAGAGUUCAGGUAUGGUUCCAGAACAGAAGAGCGAAGUGGAGGAAGAGGGAAAGAUAUGGACAGAUCCAGCAGGCCAAAAGCCACUUUGCAGCGACCUAUGACAUAUCAAUGCUGCCCCGGACAGACAGCUACUCACAGAUUCCCAACAACUUAUGGACAGGUCCCGCUCCAGGCAGCUCCGUAGUGUCGUCCUGCAUGAUCCCGCGAGGUUCCCCUCCCUGCGUGACAUCUCCCUACCCUCACUCGCCGAGAGCCGCUGAGCACGGUUACGUGGGCUUCCCCAAUCACCAGCAAAAUCAGUUUGGAGUUAAUCACGUAUCUCUCAAUAACUUCUUCGCCGAUUCACUUCUGGCUCCUUCACCGAACAGUCACGCCGCGUUUGAAACCAAACCCGAGUUUGAACGGCGGUCCUCCAGCAUUGCUGUACUGCGCAUGAAGGCUAAAGAACAUGCAGCCAACAUAUCUUGGGCCAUGUGAACUCUGAACUUAUUCUAAUAGUUGUGUUCUGAACAGUUUUUGCCUAGUAAUAACAAUACAACCAGUUACUUUCAAGUGGCUGCCCAAUUUUUAAUAUUACUUUUUAUAUUUUUAUUGGAACGACAAAGAUAUCAGCCCGUGAUUAUAGACUGUUUAAAAAUUCUGGAAAAGUCUUUUAAAAAUAAUUUAAUUAAAAAACCUCUUAACUGAACAGUGUUUUUUCUUCUUUUGUCUUAGCAUCUCUUGUAGUUAUGAAUAUGAAGGGCAGAGAACUCAACAGUUUUACACUCUCAUAACGUUAACAGAGAUGUUAUGGCUGACAUACUAACACUAUGUCUGUGUGCUUUGCAGCAAAGCUGUUUAACGCUCUCUAGCUGUGGCUAGUCUGCAGUGCCACAUGCAGAGGAGCACAUUUUUUAUUUUAUGGGAAUAAAAGUUCAUUUAAAUAAUCAA